AUGUACGAUUAUCAUUAUAAUGUCAUGCAGAGGCAUUAUGGGGAUAGGAUUAAACUUUUGUAUACCGACACAGAUUCAUUGAUAUACCGUAUUAACACCGAUGACUUUUAUAAUGACUUACUUAACAACUCUAGCAUGUUAAAUAGAGUGGACACGUCUGACUUGCCUUCUAGUCAUCUGUGCUAUACCUCAGCGAGGAAGAAGGUUCCUGGGUUCUUCUCCGAUGAAGUUAAUGGAAAUAUAAUUACAGAGUUCUGUGGGCURAGAGCUAAAUCGUAUGCUUUUAACAUUUAUGUCGGAGAAGAGGAUGAGAAGAAAGAUAAAGAGGACAGAGUAGGAGGGGAAMAAAUUAAGGCGAAAGGGAUACGGUCUCAUGUAGUUAAAAACCACAUGACUCUUGAAGACCAUAGAAAGUGUUUGUUUAAUGAAACUGGAGUGGAAUUAUACAAGGAGAAUUUAUCGAUACGAUCAUUCAUCCAUCAGAUAGUAACGAUCAAGACAAAAAAAUUAACUUACAAUAGCUAUGAUGAUAAGAGGGUGGUGCUAGAGGAUAAAAUACAUACAUUAGCACAUGGCCAUUAUAGUAUAGAGUGA